AUGUACACUGGGAGCUUAGGGGAAGAUCCAGACGAGCUCGACCCGGGCACAUGGUGGUACAAACGCAGCCUAAUCAACGCGCUGGAGAGAAUUCUCGCAGACUUGGAGAAGUAA